AUGUCAGAAAAAGAAUUAUCUGAUGUUAUAUUGAAAAGUAUGACUGACUUCGGACUAAAUACUAAAUAUUUAACUGGGCAAGGGUACGACGGAGCUGCAGCAAUGAGUGGCAGAUAUAAUGGCGUACAAAAAUUUAUUCGCGAUGAACAUCCUAGUGCCUUUUAUUUACAUUGCAGUGCGCAUUGUUUAAAUUUAACUAUAACUUUUAGCUGUAAAGUAUCAGAGAGUAAUCGUUUUAAACUAAAAAAUCUAUGUGCAACUCGAUGGGUCGAUCACCAUGAUGCAGUUAUAUUAUUUGAAGAACUUCAACCAGCCAUUUUACAUGCACUAGAUAGAAUAACACUUUGGCCAGAUUCUGACACUUCUAGUUCUGCAAGUCAUCUACUUCCUGCGAUAAGACAGUUAAAAUUUCAAACAGCUUUAGCUAUUUUUGUGAAAAUACUUUCCAUAAGUUUUCCUCUCAGCCGAUAUCUUCACACUGUAAAUCUUGAUCUAAAAACUGCACUAGAAGCUGCAUCUAAUGUUCAAAAUACUAUUCAGAAAAUUAGAGAAAAUUGUGAUGUAAAGUUUCAACAAUUAGUUUUAUCUGUGAUAACAUUGUGUGAAAAAUUUGAUAUUACUGUUAGUUUGUCACGUCAAUGUAAAUCAGAUAAUCCAGAAUAUUUUUUUGAGAGUCUCAGUAUUCAUACCUUUUAUAGAUAA